GUCAUUCACCAACAACUUGCCACAGACACUCCAGAGAUAUAAAUACAAAUGAUUAGCAUUGUCCCCUCCAUGUCCCGGGGCAACCGAGGAGUAACAUCGCAGCUCAUGCCAUACCAAGGCAUUCUCACCCCUUAGAUCACACUUAACGCUGGACAAGUGUUAAAAUGAAUCAGCUGGGUAUAUAAAGUGUGUGUGCGUGAGUGGAGCUUUACAGAUGCCAAAGCAGCCUUUUCCUCAGACCUCCAGCUCACUUUCUGCCCAGGAUAAAAAUACAGCUGCCCUUUUGUUUAGUGUUCAGGUCAUCAAUCUUGACUUGUUUGUCCCCGUCGCGCUGCGGGCUUUGCAGUUUCAACAUCCCUCUCCUUCCCUCUGAGCUCAUUUUCUAGGAUAUGGGGGAACAAGAUAAAAUAUUAUCCCGUCCCAUUUUCCGCCGGGAUGUGAGCUGGGAUCCUUUCCCAAACUGGACGCAGCCGAGCCGCAUCUUCGCACAGGAUUUUGGCCUUCCUCCUUUCCUCGAGCCCAGCGAUCUGGACUGGUUAGACUGGGCAAAGAAGAGACUGGGGUCUUUCAACUGGCCUGGGUACACACAGACUCCUCUUCUGCCUCCAUUCAGUGGUCAGCACCCUGCGGCGUUGAACCAAAACAGGCAACAGACAAGUGGGGUGUCAGAGAUCAGGACAGGGCAGGACCGCUGGAAGAUUAACCUGGACGUCAAUCACUUCUCACCUGAGGAAAUUACAAUCACAACCAAGGACGGUUAUUUGCAGAUAUCAGGAAAUCAUGAAGAAAGGCAGGAUGAGCACGGAUCGGUUUCAAGGUGCUUCACCCGCAAAUACAAACUGCCACAGGGGGUGGACCUGCAGCACAUCAGCUCUUCGCUGUCUGGUGAUGGCGUUCUGUCCAUAGAGGCCCCCGCACCCGGGACAUCCGUCAGCGCCCCGAUCAAUGAGAUCGUCAUACCUGUUCAGAUCAGACAGACACAGGACUGUGAAAAGGGAAAUGAGUAAAGUGGUCUGUGUUGUGUGCAACAAUCUUUGUAGCACUGGAACUAGUCCUUGAUAUACUGUAACAACAAGUUUUUUUCAUGCUAUGAAUACUAUCUAAUACCAUAUAAUGCAUUGUUAGAAGUAAAGCAUCAAACCCUGGUUACUUUUGGUUUCAAUAUAAAAAUGCAAUGUAAUACAGAACUGACUUUGAAAAAGAUGAAUUGUUUUUGCUUGUCAACACCUAUAAAAGCAUUAGCAUGAACUUUAUUCUAAAACACAACAGUUUUUAAUGCACUUGUAAAACUAGCUGUAGUUUUGACCUUGCAUGACCCUGAGGGAUUGCUGAGAUUAUGGCUGACAAGACUGGCCGAGGACGGACAGUGCAAGUAGGUUUAAUUGUCCCAGAUAUUAGUUAAUAUUUAUAUGUAAGCUAUAGUACGACACACAGGUAUGUAUUCCACAAAGUGAUUUUGUGUAAGAGGGUAGCAGAAAUAUAAAGAAUUUAGUUGAAUUUUGCUUUUGAGGAGGAGAAAGGCUGUGAAAGCUGUGGCACGGAUUCAUCAUGUGUGUUUCCACUGAACAGUAAGUCCAUGUAUUGUAUUGGAUAAGGAGCCUAAUGGAGCUGUCCUCAUAUCAUAUGAUAUUCACAAAUGCAUUAAACAGCUUCUGCCAUAUAAAUAAAAAUAUAUAAAAUUUUC